GUUGAUAGCCAGAUAUAGGAUGUUGCAAUUGAUAUAUACUGCUGUAGAUGAAACUUGGUAGUGUAAACUGCAUGCAGUCUAUAGAAUGGCUUCCCUACAUUUGUCUGGUCCCCUCCCUUCAGAGAAGCAACUAAAGCAAUCUUUGAAGAGCCUCAAGUACAGUCAGAAUGGGCUCACUGCAAAACAUAUCAUGGCCUCCAUUGAACAAUUCCCAGACCUCAAGCCGUCCAUUAAAGAAUGCACAUAUUCAGAUCCCAGCAUAAGAGGCGUCACUCUGAUACAACUAUCUGGAAGCUUAACAUCUAUAAAUUCCGCCAGUGGCGGUGACGGACAUCUCAAGAUUCCAGUGCGGGUGUGGUUGAAGAAGGGAUACCCUCGAGACGCCCCCGUGGUGUACAUUAACCUUGCCCCUAAUAUGGAGUUCAUUGAAGCGGAAUACAUCGAGGCUGACGGCAAAGUGAACCUGGGACAGAUCAUGAGCUGGAAAGAGGGGAAGUGUGAUCUGUGUUUGCUGACCCAGGAACUGUGCGCCAAAUUCAGUCAACAAUGUCCUAUACGGCUCCUCAAGUUGAGGUCAUCGUCCAACCAGUUUACGUUCCGUCAACUGAAACCCUCUCACAGCACUCUCAGUCUAAGAGAGACAAACAGGACCCCACAAACAUCUGCUCUCAGUCUGUUUAGGUCCAAAAGUGAUUGUAACCCUGACCAAGAGGAGCUAACUAAACUUCGAGCUGAAAUUGAGGGAAAAAACUCGGAAAUUGAAUCGCUUCAGGACACUCUCGAAGACACGAAAGCUAAAGUAGGGUACUAUCGAAACCAGGCCGCUGAAUUGGAAGAGAAGCUGACAGCGCAGAGGGUAAACAAUGUUCGAGGGAGUUUUUCGACGGGUAUUUUCGAUGCUCUGAUGGAGCACGAUGUUUGGAAGGAGAAGGAGGAGAAAGAAGAGUGCAUGAUGCGGAUGGAGAGAAUGGUCACUGAUCUCACAGAGCUUCGAGAACGAGUGGGUGUUCUACAAGCCGACAAGAACGAGUAUCAGGAUAGGCUGAGUUUAAUGGCCAUCGAAUACGAGAGAUUAAAGUUUGUUUACUGCAAGUUGGUCGAAGAGAGGAAGUUUCUUAUUGCUCGACAGAGACAGCUGACUCAGAGUGAUUCCUAUGAUUCUGAUACAGAGUAUGAAUCUCAGCAAGAGAAUACCGACGAUCAGGACGCUAGAGCGGAAGAGGGUGUGAUUUCUGAUGAUGAAGAGGCGGGAGCGACUUUCACUGAUACAAAACAAUUACGAUUGCAAACUGUAGAUGAAGGCAAUCAAAAACAAUAUGAUGAUAUAGUAAAUGUACAAGCAGCUGGCAUCACCAUUACAGUAUCAGAGCCGACAUUUCUCAAAGUGGAGGACACGACAACACCAACCAGGUCUUUAAAAGAUACUUCGAGUAAACAAAAUGUGAAACUAGAGGAAGAAAUUACAAUGCUCAGAGAGAAAACACUAGCACAAGAGGUUGAAGUAAAGAAUUUAACAAAGAAGAUCACUGAACUCAUAAAGGAAGGGGAAGAUUCUAAUGAGAUGUUGAAGAAGCUGCUGGACGAUGCUAUGAGGAAGAUAAGAAAGUACGAGUUUUGUGCUGACAAGGAGGAUCAACUGGAGAAACAAAAACAGUUCCUACAAUCCCAACUCGACCGAAGCAUGACUGAUCGACUCGAGGCAGAGAAGAAGCUGAGAGACGAGAACUGGAAGACAAGACAGAAACUGAAGGAGGUCAUGAACAGGGCCGAGCAACUAGAGCAUGAACUGAAUUCCCAGAUGAGAUCUCGAUCUCCUCAUAGCUCUACGGAGGACAGGUUGCCACGGGGACAGUUGAGUGUUGAAGAGGAGAUGGAUGGUGUUCUAAAACAUUUGGACGUUCUUUUGUCUAACGAAAAUAACUGAACUUAUUAGCAAUUGUUUCUUGCUUAGACCAACAUUUUUUCACACACAUAAUUAUGCAUUCAUAUUUUUAUCGCUCAUUUCUACACAACAAACAUUAAUUUUUCUGUAAAUAGAGGGAAAAGGGGAAAUUAAAAGUUCAUCCUUAUAUGUUUUUAUAAAACUUU